CCUUGCUCUACGUGUGCACCAUUUAAAUGCCACCACAGAUACUGCCACAGAUACUGGGCAGCAGCGGCAGCACCAGCUCGAAGAUGCAGUCCCGCGACCAUCCGUUUAACCGAUCAACCCGGCCGCUGCUCGAGCGGCGGGCCCAGCCGCAGGUGGUCAGCACCAAGAAGCAGUACCAGUACGGGGCCGGCUCGACCCAGCAGCCGACGGUACCGACGCGCGGCUACAACGACUUUAACCUGAUCAGCCGCCAGUACGAGACGUGGAACUCGAACCACUCGCACAAGGGCUACCCGUACGGCAGUCCACCGUCGCCGACGCACGAUUUUCAGUUUUCCGACAUCGAGGGGCCGCAGCGGACGCAGCACCACCAGCGCACCGUGCACCAGUACACGGUGAACAGCAACAACAGCGAUGACGACGACGAUGACGACUACGACGAGCUGGUGUACCAUCACAAUCAGCUUAACGUCGCGUCGAGCGGAACACCGGCCGGGCUGAAGGUGGCCAAUCAGCAGCUGCGCCGGCGGCUGCUCGAUGCAGCGUCGCCGACACCGCCCGUACCGCCGCAGCGGACGGGCGUGCACAAGACGCCGCCGCCGCCACCGUCACGCGGCCGCACCGUGGACUCCGCAGCUCCACCGAUCGCUCCGGCCGACCUGGACGGGCCGUUCGUGUUCGGUGUGCAUCAUCCCAACACGUUCACGCCGGCGUACGGUGCCAAGGCGACACUGUACGGGACCGGGGCGACGACACUCGGCGGCAAAGAUGCAAAGGAUGCGCUGCACUCCAGUCCCGACACGAGCCAGCACAGCAGCGAUACUAGCUCGUGCGAAAAAUCACGGCGCGCACUGGUGAAGGAGAAGAAAAACUCCAAACGAUCGAAGAUUGAUAAAAAAGACAAAUCGAAACAGAAGCCUGAAAAACGAACGUCCGAUGUACCCGCACAGCCGAACGUGAAAUGUGUCCUCGUCGGAGACGGUGCCGUCGGAAAAACCAACCUCAUACUCUCCUACAUCCAGGACCGGUUCACACACGAAUACGUGCCAACGGCAUUCGACAAAUACAACGUGGACGUCAGCGUGGAUGGGCGACCGAUCGGGGUGACGCUCUGCGAUACAGCCGGGCAGGAUGCGCUGGACACGCUGCGCCAGCUCUGCUACCCCGGUUCCGACGUGAUCCUGCUCUGCUUCUCGGUCGUGCAGCCGGAUAGUUUCCGCUCCCUGGCCACCAAGUGGCAGCCGGAAAUCAGCAAGCUGAAGGGCGUGUCGGUGGUGCUGGUCGGGACGCAGUCCGAUCUACGGAACGAUCAGAGUACGAUCGGCAAGCUGCAGGCUCAAGGAGAAAAACCAAUUCUGUUCUCAUCUGCCUGGGAUUUUGCUCGGAAGAUUGGUGCUAAAUACAUUGAAACAUCGUCGCACAAGAAGGAACACAUCAAGGAGGUAUUCGAUACAGCUAUCUGGGACGCGCUGCAAUCACAGGAGCACGCCAGACGGAAGCGACCACUGUGGAAGCGGCUGUGCUGCCUUACCUGCUGACUGACCCGUGACGUGACGUGAGCAGCACCAUCGAAGAAAAUCAUAUAAAUCAAGACUGUCCAAUCCCGCUAGGUUGAAUGAGUGGUGUUGUGAGCCGUGCUCCUCCAAACACGACUAAAAAAAACAAACAAACCUAGUAGCACUAGUAGUAGAUAUUGUAGAUAAAGCAACAAAAAACCCCCUCAGAACAGACAUGCAAAUGGCAGACGAAUAGCUUCUUAACCUGUUAGCUAUGCCGCUGUGAAUUUGACGUUGUAUAAUAUAAACCGCACGGUGAAUGAAAAGACAUGGAUAGUGAGAUACUAGUUGUAGAAAAAAAGAGAGAUAAAAAUCAAACUACGGUACAGCAGCGAUCGUGAAAGUAUGUAUUAGAAUUAAACUCAUGGAAGUAAAGGGAAAUGAAUGAACGAAGUAUUAUUGUAAAGCACUGUUCUGUAGCAUGAAAAAAGAGCAGCUAUUUAAUCCAACACCGAUAUCAGACCGGAACAUUGAAAUGGUGAUUAGGGACCAGCGUCGGAAUCGAUUGAAUAGGUUGGUAGUAUUACUGGUUAGCACGAUAGUUGUUAGUACGAGUAGGUACUCAAGAGGUUCUAUGGAGUAGCGAUAUGUUCGCAAGACAAAAUCAAUACGCAGCCGCUUGUUCAAUCGAUCGGCUACAAGAGCAAACAAUUAUAAAGAAGAAAAAACAAACAAACAACGCCAACCACACACUUGACUGUAUAAUACUGUCAUCACCGAACGGUACGCCGGUUAAUGAACAUGAACAUUAAUAUGA